AUGUCAACAACUUUGGGCGCCUUCAUCGCCGGCGGCAUUGCCGCCUGCGGCGCUGUGACGGCUACACACCCGUUCGAGACUGUCAAGAUUCGGAUGCAGUUACAAGGAGAAUUGAAGGACAAGGGACAUCAACCGCAUCAAUACCGAGGCCCUCUUCAGGGUGUGUCUGUCAUUGUCAGGAACGAGGGCGCUCGGGGCAUCUACCGCGGUAUCGGGUGCGCGUACAUUUACCAAGUCCUGCUGAACGGCUGCCGUCUGGGUUUCUACGAGCCAAUGCGCAAUACCCUUGCUACCUUCAUAUACAACGACGGUAAGACGCAGAGUUUGGGCAUCAACAUGUUCUGUGGCGCCGGGUCAGGAAUCAUGGGCGCCGCCGCCGGUAGUCCCUUCUUCCUCGUCAAGACACGGUUACAGAGCUUCUCGCCCUUCUUGCCUGUGGGCACGCAACACAAGUACCGCAACGCAUGGAAUGGCCUCAGCUCGAUCUACAAGACAGAGGGAGUCCGUGGUCUUUAUCGUGGUGUCGGCGCCGCCAUGAUUAGAACUGGCUUUGGAAGCUCCGUGCAGCUGCCCACCUACUUCUUCGCCAAGAGAAGAUUCGUUCGCCAUCUUGGUAUGGAAGAGGGUCUACCUCUGCACCUUGCUAGCAGCACCGUCAGUGGAUUCGUUGUUUGCUGUGUAAUGCACCCUCCUGAUACCAUCAUGUCCCGCCUGUACAACCAAAACGGAAACUUGUACAAGGGCGUCUUUGACUGCUUGUCCAAGACGGUUCGUACGGAGGGGUUCUUAGCCAUCUACAAGGGUUUUCUGCCUCAUCUUGCCAGAAUCUUACCUCACACAAUCCUAACCCUGACCUUGGCUGAGCAGACGAACAAGCUAAUUAGGAAGCUCGAAGAUCGUAUUCUUCCUACGGCCGCCCUGCAAAACCCUUGA